CAUUCCAAAAGGUCUACUCCGAGUAGGGCUGCUAACCCAUUUCUUUCCUUUCUUUUGAAUAUUAUAUACUCCAGCAUCUGGCAUCCCCCGCCGUCAUGUCUCACACGCGCCAGUUGCAUCAUUUCGUCGUCCGUCCGUCCCCCCAUCCUAAAACCACACACGCACAACACGCCAGAGAGAUGCCCCGAAAUUGCGUAUUAUUCUCUCUCUCCCCCCCCCCGCGCCUCGCCAUCGCCAACCCGCUGCCCCAAACAUCCCAGUGGAAGAGCAGCAACGGCCGCCUUCUUCCCUCGGCUCCGUUAUUUGGUGGUGGGGGUGAGAGAGAGGUGCGCAUCCAUAACAGAAGCAGUGCCCCCGAAAGACAGAGGCAGCCCGCCAUCUCUCGCCCCAGCGACCUCACCUCAGGCGGGGGCGCUGCUCCCCAGCGGCAGCAUGAAUGGAGGGGAGACACAGAGAGAGGGGGGUCCCCUCGAGGUCCCGAAGCGCUUUUCCCUCGCCGACGCGCGGCCGAUCAUGAAGACAGCAUCGCCUCUUGUGGCAUCCUCCUUCCCCUCGCGCGCGGCAGAGGCAACGGCGGCGGCAGCAGCAACAGCGCCGCCUCCUCCCUCGCCGUGUGGGCGCCUCAGGCGGGAUUCCCUCCCCGCCUCCCCUCAGCCGCCGCCAUCUUGGCUCUCUGGCGGGGGACGGACGGAAGAGGAGGAGGAGGAGGGAGCCCGAGGAAGGGAGCCAAGCGGGGGUCCCUCGACGGCCUGGUGGCCAGCUCUCAGGACUCCCUCGAGGGUUUCCAGUGUAGGAUGAGGGGGUCUUGGAAAGGAAUUUCUUACUCCAGGGACCCAUGCUGUCUGUAAAUUAUAAAAGAGGAAACUGAAUAUCAUGGAUGGCGGUGGUGAUGAAUUCUCUGUAGAAGGCACUUACUAAAGCGACAAAAAUUGCAACGAAGAAAAAAUAUAAUCCUGGUCUCCCACCAAAAUAUUUUCAUACAACAGACCAAAGAAACCAGUGGGAAAGUUGUUCUGAUUUCAGAGGACAAUGGAUAAAGUUCAGAGCAAAGCUGUAUGUUAUAAACACAUAUUUUGAUGCUGCAUGGUUCUUUUAUAAUCUCUAAAUAGCAGCAGCAGGAGAGCUCAACAAGAGUCAGGACAAGAGAGGGGAGAAGGAGAUUUAUUAAGCUCUGAGCUGUAUGUCACACCUGCCCUCCCAAAACUGCUAUUUGCAUUAUGAGAAGCUGUUGUUCACAUGUCUUAUCUUAGAUCAGGGGUAGGGAACAUCCAGCCUGUAGGUCAAUCUUGGUCUGCCAGGGGGUCCAAUUUGACAUUCUAGGUAAUUUUCCCCAAACCAUGCCCACACACUCCCAGCUGACCACCUUCUUUAAAUAGUUGGGGAGACAGGAGGGUAAAGGAGCUUGUAAAAUGUACAGAGGAUCAUAAAGCAAAAGUGCUCUUUGAAGUAGCCUCCCUACGCCAACAUUGCUUGAGCACUGCUUCAAAAAGCACUUCUGCAAAGCACUUAACACAGUCCCUGUUCGCCCAUCUGAGACUGUAGGAUGGAAGCAGGAGGACUGUCCUCAAGCGCUUUGCAAAUUUGCUCUUUGAAGCAGCUUCCCGCUCUUCCGUCAAACACCACUUGAGAAAUAUUUAAAGGGGAGAGAUGGCUUAAAAUAGAUUUUGCAAAGCACGUUAAGCACUCUUCCCACUGCCUUUAACAUAGUGAUGUUAUACGUAGGAGGGGCUGCUUGAAAUAACUUUUGCAAAGGGCUUUCAGACGCCGACACCCCCUGCUCCUGGGAGCUCAUGUGGAAGUGUGGGGGUUGCCUUUGAAGCUGUUGCAGAUUCCCAAGUGCUCAACAGCCAGCUGGCUAUUGGGCACUUGGAAACCCUAUUUUAUAAAUUAAAAAUAAAAAGUGGUUCAGUUCAUUAAUGAAUUAGUUUCCCUAUUUCACAGAUAAGCAUCCAUUAAAACCCCCCAGAUAAACUGAACCAUGCAAACAGCUGUUCGUUUGCUAAGCCAUUUGCACAGCAGAUGCAGGUGCCACUGGGAUUUUGGCAUUCCAGGCAGUUGCCUAGUUUGCUUCUAUAGUUAGACCAGCUCUGUGCAUUGUUAAGUGUGUUCUCACUGUGCUGCUAAUCUGCUUUUAGUUGUGGGCUUAUGUAAACAUGGAAAUGUGCUCUAAUGUGGAAUAAGUGCUCAAAGUGUUUUUAUUUAAUAUUUGGGGCAGUGAUAAACCCUCUCUCUCACUUUAAAGGAUUGGGAAGUCCAAUCUCUGCAUAAAUGAGCACCUUAUUUGAAGAUGUCCAAACUCCUCAGCAAUCCUUACUUUUUGCAAAUUAUCAAGUGCAUUUAAAGAUGCAAAAAGUGAAAAUGCCAAAAAUGAGUAAAUGAAAUUGACAGAUUAAUCCAUGCCUACUAUCAGCCUUGUGGGCUAGCAAGUGAAUAGCACAGACCAGCAAGUCCAGCAUAUCUUUGUAUUUGAGAGUGGAGGUGCAAUUCAACCAAGCCCUAGAACUCUCAAUCGCUUUUCUCUAAGCAGUUACAACAGAUCUUGUGUGCAGAUGUAGAACUGUGACCCUAGUUUAUGCAUAUAGCAUCAGGGGAAUUGGAAUGAGGUGUCAUCAAUAUAUAGAAGAUGCCCAGAUGCAGGUGCUGAACUGAGGUCUGGUGGUGAUAAUAGGUUGCAUGUAGGCCAGUAAAUUGAAACUGAACCCAGACAACACUGACGUACUGUGACUUGAUGGGUUCUUGGUCCAGGAUUUGAAAGAUCACCUUUGGGGUGCUCCUGAGGCCACAUUUGUCACAUUAAGCCCAGGUGGAUUCAGUGGCUGGGAAUAUCUUCCCAGCUGUAGCUCCUUCACCGAAUAUAGUCUUUCCUGGACAGAGAGAGCUGGCCACAGUAUUUAAUAUAUAUGUAUUUCCUGCUCUGUGACUAUCUAGGAAAGGGUUGGCUAUAAACACUUGAAAUAAAUAUUCAAA